AUGAAACUCACAGCAUUUGCUCCAUCCUUGCUGGUGUUGGCGUCAGGAUUGGCCUCUACAUCAGCAGGUCACGGCUGGGGGGACCUGGACUGCCUUACGGACGACGAUGCGGCGUUCCUGGUCGACAUACUUGUGUCGAUCUCAGUCAAAUUCGAUCCGGAAUAUGUCACUCAAUUCCUCACAGAUGACUUUGUCCUUCAAUCAGACAGCAUCAACUGGAUUUUUGGGAUACCCCUUGGGAAAGACUCGUUCACUGACAAGAAUGUUCUCCUCGCCGGGUCGUACAACCUCACCCAAACAGAACCUCAGCCGCCGAUAGUGGUGUCCUAUAUCAUGCACACAUGUGCAGAUAUCGCGUAUCGCUCGACAACAAUUGAGACAACUCCGGUACAAGGCAUUCACAUUUUAAAGACGCGACGCGAAGACGGGAUCUGGAAGGCUACAGUUAGUUGGGAUGAAUUCAACAGUGCAGCCGAUCUAUUCGCCUUAGGUGUCACAGGAUGCGUGCUGCCAAAGUCCUGA